AUGACCUUCAAUCCGAAGAGAGUCGCUAUAGACACGGUGUUUGAUCUUGAUGAUGACUUGAAUAUGUUAUUGCCAACGAUUCAAAAGAUGGAUCUCGAUGAUCCAAAAGAUAAGGUCGUUACUAUUAAAAUGGCACAGGAAUUUGAAGGUUCCCCGAAAGAAACACUGGUAUCGUCAGAUGCGGAACUUGAGGAUUUCCCGACAAGACCACUGGGGUCCCAGGAUUCGGAACCUGGGGCUUCUUCGAAAGCAGUACUGAUACCGCCAGAUACGAGGGACUUCGAUUCUGGGACUUCUCUGAAUCUGACUCCCCGAAUAAUCUCAAGACCAUCAGGUGCAAGAAUCAUGGACAACAGACUGACCUUUACGAAAAUCGAGAACAAAUCAGAGGUGAUGAAUGCGCUUGCCAUUAAACUUGGGCUUUCUCCCGCUCUCAAGUUUUAUGAUUUCUGUUCACUUGCCGAACCGGAUUCACUCAAGAAUAUACCUCGUCCAGUCUAUGCUCUUCUAUUUUCCAUACCCUUCACAUCUACUUGGGAUUCAAUCACACGUGCAAAAGAAAUGGCAAAAGCACCUUAUAAAGGGAGCGGGCCUGAACAACCUGUGAUUUGGUUCAAACAAGCCAUUGCUGAUGCUGAUGGCUCUAUGGGUCUCUUACAUUGCCUUUUAAAUGGACCGGCCCAUAGAUAUGUUCUCCCCGAUACCAUAUUAUCUAGACUCUAUGAGCAAUCAAUUCCUUUGUGGCCUGACGACCGAGCAAUAAUGUUAUAUAAUGACCAAAAGUUCGAAUAUGCUCACCAGACUAUUGCUGCUUUGGGCGAUAAAGCAUCAACAGAAAAAUUUGAUAAGUCGAGCCGGCAUUUUGUGGCUUUUGUGAGGGGGGAAGAUGGGUCGUUGUGGGAAAUGGAUGGAAUUAGAGGGGGACCUAUUCGGAGGAAGCCAAGGCUGGAAGAGCAUGAAGAUCUUCUGACCGAUGAUAUAUUUAGACUUUGUAUGGGAGGAUUUGUUGAUACUGAUAGUGACGAGGAUACUAUGUGUAGUUGCAUUGCCCUUGCUAAAGAUCCAACUGAGGCUGUAACUUUGCCUUUGAAUUCUCUUAGUCGUGGUCAUUUAAGGAAUGAAAGAAGCGAAGGUGUACAACCACGUACUUUUUAUGAUCCAGCUUGGUAUGGACCUGAUCAUUGGACACCAUAA